GCUCCCAACCCCGCCGGGUCUCCGUUCCGCCGCCGGGAACUGCAAGGAGGCGUCAUGUAGCAGCAGCCGCAAACCCACCUCGGAUUUGCAACUCUUUUUCUUUUUUUUUUCCCUUUGGUGUGGCGGGGGACGCGGCCAAAUUCUAUCUCCGUCCCACCCCCGCCCCCCCACGCCCGGCUUCACACCUUCUCGCGUUUGCGAGCUGCAUCUGCCUCUAGGAAAUUGAGGGAGUCGGGGGAGGGUGGGGGCCGUAAAUCAGAGUUGGACCUGCAACAUUCCCCGCACCUAGAGGACCAUGGCCGAGGAGAGCUCCGAGGUGCCCGGGGAGUUGAUAGAAAGCAUAAAGGAUGUUCUUGGAAGAAAGAUAAAGAUUGCAUUGAAGAAGAAAGUAAAGCUGGAAGUGAAGGGAGACAAAGUUGAAAACAGAGUGCUGGUGCUUACGUCAUGCCGAGCCUUCCUGGUCACAGCGCGAAUUCCCACCAAGCUCGAGGUAACGUUCAGCUAUUUGGAGAUUCACGGUGUCGUCUGCAGCAAGCCAGCUCAGAUGGUUGUGGAGACUGAGAAGUGCAGCAUCUCCAUGAAGAUGGCGUCGCCCGAGGACGUGAGCGAGGUGCUGGCGCACAUCGGCACCAACCUGCGCAAGAUCUUCCCUGGCCUCUCCCCAGUAAGAAUCAUGAAAAAAGUCUUCAUGGAGCCAUCUGAGCGCCUGGCCAGCCUCCAAGCUCUGUGGGACAGCCAGACUGUGGCCGAGCAGGGCCCCUGUGGUGGAUUUUCUCAAAUGUAUGCCUGUGUUUGUGACUGGCUUGGAUUUUCAUACAGGGAAGAAGUACAAUGGGAUGUGGAUACAAUUUAUCUGACACAAGACACCAGGGAAUUGAAUUUACAAGACUUCAGUCAUCUUGACCACAGGGACUUAAUACCUAUCAUUGCUGCUCUGGAAUACAAUCAGUGGUUCACUAAGCUGUCCUCCAAGGAUCUAAAAUUGUCCACUGAUGUCUGUGAACAGAUCUUGAGGGUGGUGAGCCGGUCCAAUCGACUGGAAGAAUUGGUGUUGGAAAAUGCUGGACUUAGAACAGAUUUUGCACAAAAACUGGCCAGUGCACUAGCGCAUAAUCCCACUUCAGGGCUGCACACGAUUAACCUUGCUGGCAACCCACUGGAGGAUCGAGGUGUGUCCUCUUUAAGUAUUCAAUUUGCCAAACUCCCAAAGGGGUUAAAGCAUUUAAAUUUGUCUAAGACCUCAUUGUCACCUAAAGGGGUGAAUAGCCUUUCUCAGUCACUGAGUGCCAACCCUUUGACCGCCACCACCCUCGUCCAUCUGGACCUCUCAGGGAACAUCCUUCGCGGAGAUGACCUCUCGUCCAUGUACAGUUUUUUGGCCCAGCCAAAUGCGAUUGCUCAUCUGGAUUUAUCCAAUACUGAAUGUUCCCUGGACAUGGUCUGUGGAGCUCUUCUGCGUGGCUGCCUUCAAUAUUUAGCUGUGCUCAAUCUCUCCAGAACUGUGUUUUCUCACCGGAAAGGAAAAGAAGUACCCCCGUCUUUCAAGCAGUUUUUUAGUAGUUCUCUGGCUCUGAUGCAAAUCAACCUUUCAGGCACAAAACUGUCUCCUGAGCCCUUAAAAGCGCUGUUACUGGGCCUGGCUUCUAAUCAUAACUUGAAGGGAGUUUCUCUUGAUCUCAGCAACUGUGAGCUGAGAUCUGGAGGUGCGCAGGUACUAGAAGGCUGCAUUGCUGAAAUUCACAACAUCAGCAGCCUAGACAUCUCUGAUAAUGGUUUAGAAUCUGACCUAUCUACCUUAAUAGUGUGGCUCAGUAAAAACAGAUCAAUACAACACCUGGCGUUAGGCAAAAAUUUUAAUAAUAUGAAAUCCAAAAAUCUGACACCUGUGUUGGACAACUUAGUACAGAUGAUUCAAGAUGAAGAAUCCCCUCUGCAGUCCUUGUCCCUGGCUGACUCGAAACUCAAGACCGGGGUCACCAUCAUCAUCAACGCCCUGGGUAGCAACACCUCGCUGACCAAAGUGGACAUCAGUGGCAAUGGCAUGGGGGACAUGGGGGCGAAGAUGCUGGCCAAAGCGCUGCAGAUCAACACCAAGCUCAGGACUGUUAUAUGGGACAAGAACAACAUUACUGCACAAGGCUUUCAAGAUAUAGCUGUUGCCUUGGAAAAGAACUACACGUUGAGAUUUAUGCCAAUUCCUAUGUACGAUGCUUCUCAGGCCUUAAAAACAAACCCUGAAAAGACAGAAGAGGCUCUCCAGAAGAUAGAAAACUAUCUGCUCCGGAAUCACGAGACUAGAAAAUACCUUCAAGAGCAGGCCUAUCGCCUUCAGCAGGGCAUUGUCACCAGCACCACACAGCAGAUGAUUGACAGAAUGUGUGUGAAAGUACAAGAUCAUCUCAACUCCUUACGAAGCUGUGAGGGAGACGCCAUCCAGGAAGAUUUAAAAUCAGCAGAAAGACUCAUGCAGGAUGCCAAGAACUCUAAAACGCUGUUACCAAAUUUAUACCAUGUUGGCGGUGUAUCUUGGGCGGGAGCCAGUGGCUUGUUAUCCAGUCCAAUUCAGGAGACCCUGGAAUCAAUGGCCGGAGAAGUUACAAGAGUUGUUGACGAACAACUCAAGGCGUUGCUCGAGUCCAUGGUUGAUGCUGCCGAGAAUCUUUGCCCCAAUGUGAUGAGAAAAGCCCACAUUCGACAAGACUUGAUUCAUGCCAGCACUGAAAAGAUUUCCAUUCCACGUACCUUUGUUAAAAAUGUCCUGUUGGAGCAGUCCGGAAUUGAUAUCCUUAACAAAAUUAGUGAGGUGAAGUUGACAGUGGCCUCCUUCCUGUCUGAUCGAAUUGUGGACGAAAUUCUGGAUGCACUUUCACACUGCCAUCACAAACUGGCUGACCAUUUCAGCAGACGUGGCAACACCCUUCUUCAGCAAGAUUCCUUGGAGAUGGAGCUUGCUGAGGAGAAGCCAGUUAAACGCUCCAUCAUCACGGUGGAGGAGCUCACGGAGAUAGAGCGUUUGGAAGAUCUGGAUACCUGUAUGAUGACUCCUAAAUCCAAAAGGAAGACUAUCCACAGCCGAAUGCUGCGGCCUGUUUCCAGGGCUUUCGAAAUGGAAUUUGAUCUAGAUAAAGCCCUAGAAGAAGUGCCCAUUCAUAUUGAAGACCCACCUUUUCCAUCCAUCCGACAAGAGAAGCGGAGCUCAGGGUUUAUCUCUGACUUGCCCUCCGAGGAAGGAAGGAAGCUGGAGCACUUUACCAAGUUAAGACCAAAGCGGGCUAAGAAGCAGCAGUCCACGCACCCAGCGGUAGGUGGGCUGAUGAGGGUGCACGGCUCUGCAGAAGGCUGUUCUCACAAGAUGGCUGUGCACAGUGCACAGCCUGAACAACCCUCCAUGGACGCCCCGCCCCCCCCCCCAGUGCCUGACGCUGUUACCCUGUUACAGCCCUCACUGCGAUGGUCAGCGAGGGGCUCAGAGUCCCACGAGCUUAGUGAAGGAGGAGAUGAGAAGAAAAAACGCGACUUUCGGAAAACUGGUUUUCUCAAUUUAAUCAAACCCCGGACCAAACCUGAGAGGUCCUCCACACUCUUGACAGCAGAAGAAUUCUCCUCCCCCAAGGCGGGAGUCAGAAGUCCAGCUGUGGAUGCCCCCAGGAAGGACACGAAGCCAGCCGAGCACAACGGCAGUGCUGAUCGGAUGGAGGAGAUCAAAACACCCGACUCCCUGGAAGAAAGUCAAGGGGAAGACGUGGGGAAGGUGGACCGGAGUGACAGCAAGGGCAGCCCCCAGGGCGGGCGAAGGUACGGGGUCCAGAUGAUGGGCAGCGGGCUGCUGGCGGAGAUGAAAGCCAAGCAGGAGAUGAAAGCCAAGGCCGCUUGCUCGCUGAAG